AUGACUGCGCUCUCUUCCACCCCUCGUGUUCCUAUCCCCGCGAAUGGCGUCGACUACCGGGGGAAGGUCGUUCUAGCCCCGAUGGUGCGCUCCGGCGAAUUGCCCACACGCCUUCUCGCCCUCAAAUACGGUGCAGAUCUAGUUUGGGGCCCCGAGACCAUCGAUCGCGCCCUCAUAGGCACCACCCGCCGCGUGAACCCGCGGACCGGGAUCGUGGAAUUCAUCCGUCGGCCGUCCAACGGUGGCCGCCCCAGCGAAGCCGACAAGGACUCCAUCAUCUACCGCAUCGACCCCGCGCGCGAGAAGAACCGUCACAUCUUCCAGAUCGGCACCGCGAGCCCAGACCGCGCCGUCCAGGCAGCCACGCUCAUCGCCGCCGACGUCUCCGGCAUCGACGUCAACUCGGGCUGCCCCAAACCCUUCAGCACCUCCGGCGGCAUGGGCGCCGCCCUGCUCAAGGAUCCCGACCGUCUGGUCUCCAUCCUCGAGGCCCUCGUCCGCGACGUCGGCACGCCCUUCCAGAUCGGCAUCUCCGUCAAGAUCCGCAUCCUCGGCGAACCCGACCUCACCGAAACCCUCGUCUCCCGCCUCGUCCAGACCGGCAUCACCGGCCUGACCGUCCACUGCCGCACAACCCCCAUGCGGCCCCGCGAGCGCGCCAUCCGCGACCAGCUACGCAUGGUCGCCGGCGUGUGUCACAACGCCGGCAUCGCCUGCGUCAUGAACGGCGACGUCACCUCGCGCGAUGAGGCCCUCGCCCUAAUCGCCGAGUACGGCGUCGACGGCGCAAUGGUCGCCACGGCCGCAGAGUCCAACCCGUCUUGCUUCCGCACGAUCGCCGAGGGCGGCCUCCUCCACUGGCGCGAAGUCGUCUACGACUAUCUCCAGGCGGCGAUCGGGAUCGAAAACCGCUUCGGCAACACCAAGUUCCUCAUGAACAUCCUCCUGCCCGGCAAGGACCGCGAGUUCAAGAUCGCCAGGGACUCCAAGAGCUACGCCGACUACUGCUAUCUCCUCAAAUUCCCGGAUCUCAUCCCCGAGGCCCAGCGCGUCGACGAGCUGAUGGGCCUGGCAUCGCGUUCCAUCACCGCCAACGGGACCGCUCUUCCCAGCACUGCUACUACCUCCACUUCCACCGCCUCCACUACUACGACAAACACCCACAGCAAAGCCGUCCAGCAAGCCCUCGAGCAAAACGAGUCCGCCCGCGCAGCAGGCGGCGCUCCCCGCUCGAAACCCACCCCGUCACCCCCCAGCGGCGGCGGUCCCAUCCGCACGAGUGCCUUCCCGAGCCCAACCAGAUCCCAGCCCGAAGAGACGGCUCCUGAAGCCUCUCAGCAGCAGAAACUAGCUGCAUAG